UGUCACGUGACAUUCAGGUCUUCCGGGUUGUUUCAAAAUGCCACAAACUGCGUUAAGCGGCUGGUGAUAAAGUGAAAUAAUGUGAAUAUAAAAUAAUGAUAUAAUUCUAACGGAAACACACUGGAGGUAAAAAUCCCGCGGAGAAAAAGGAGAAUUUGUACAUUUAUAUUUUAUUCCGGAGACUUUGGGACCGGUGUCAGAUAACAGGAGCUGGUAUACAAAUGCGGCUAAAAGAUCCCUUCUCCUUAAAAACGGCCGAGAUGACCAAGCGGUCCAACAAACCCAAGAAACCUCGAGAAGAGGAGUCUUCCGAUGAGGUCAGCGGACUGACGUGUCAGCACGUGAGUAAAGCAGUGGAGUUGAACUCGGUGAAAAAAGCGGUAACAGGAAGUUUGUGGUUCGUUUGUUCUGACUGUUUGAGGGAGAGAGACGUGUUGGAGGCGGAGCAGGGCGGCGCUCACGACAUCCUCGUGUGUCUCAAGUGUGGCUUUCAGGGAUGCUGUCAGUCAGAGAGGCAGCAUUCAGUGAAACAUCAGCAGGCUCAUCACUCAGACUCUCACUGUAUCAGCAUCAGCCUCAGCACCUGGAAAGCCUGGUGUUUCGAGUGUAAUGAGGAACUCUCCACACACUGCAAUAAAAAAGCUCUGGCUCAAACACUCGACUUCCUGCAGAAACACUCAGCAAAGUCCACAUCAGGUUCAACGUCCAAACUCAUCAAACUGAUCGAGGAGCCUGUGGAGUAUCUGGAGCCUGUGAGAGGGAAGAGUGCGGCGAACAGCACUUUAAUUCCUGUUAAAGGAAUCGUAAAUCUGGGAAAUACGUGUUUCUUUAAUGCUGUGAUGCAGAACCUGUCUCAGACGCACAUGCUUAAUGACCUCAUACAGGAAGUGAAAGAGAAAGGACACAAGAUGAAGAUCUGCCCUCCCCCUGAUACCAACUUGGGCCUGUUGACUGUGACUCUGGCCUGUCCGGAGCCGCUCACAUCCGCCAUGAUGUUGUUCCUGUGCAGUAUGAAGGAGGCAGGGAAAGGACCGGUAUCUCCCAAAGUACUCUUCACUCAACUCUGUCAGAAGGCUCCUCGUUUUAAAGGUUAUCAGCAGCAGGACAGUCAGGAGCUCCUACACUACCUGUUGGACUCGGUCAGGAUGGAGGAGAACAAGCGAAUCAAAGCAGCCAUCCUGAAAGCUUUUAAUAAUCCCACUGAGAAAACAGCUGAUGAGGAGACCAAACGCCAGGUCAAAGCCUACGGUAAAGAGGGCGUGAAGAUGAACUUUGUUGAUCGCAUCUUUGUCGGCGAGUUGACGAACACUAUUAUGUGUGAAGAGUGUGAACAUAUCUCUACAGUGAAGGAGGCUUUUAUCGACAUCUCUCUGCCCAUCAUUGAGGAGAGAAUCUCCAAACCCUCAAACUCGGGCAGGUUGAGUAAACCGAGCCGAGAGCAGGAGUCCCCGAGCGGCCGCGCAGACGAUCCGCCUCAUUCACACAGCGGCCAUGACGGGAAGAAGCCGAGCGUCCAGAAGCCGCAGGUUCGACGCUCGUCCACUUGUCAGGACCCCAAAGGAAGAGAACAAUCGACAUCUACCCCACGAGAAGACACCAAAUGUUCGAGUUGUGUGGGCAGCCAGUCAGAUGGCAGCGAUAAAGACUCCUCCCCUCAAGACAGCAGCAACGACGCAGACAGUGAGGCGUCGGAGUCUGAGUGCUCGGUGGGAAUCUCCACUUCCUCUAAUAAAACCUCGUCUUCCUCCUGCGUAAGCCACGCCCCAUCUGCAUCAAGCCACGCCCCUUUAGUCGGGGAGCAGACAGGAAGUGCGGUCGAGCAGCUAGUGAGCGCGGUGUCUAAGUUGGGGUUAGUGCACACGCCGCUCGGCGGUCUAUCACUCGGACAUGGAGGUGAGGGGAGAGAGAGAGAGCGGGAGAAGGAGAGAGACCAGCAGGGGGCGUUCCAGGCGCUGUCACACAGCUACACUCCAGCGUCCAAGGAGUGUUCAGUGCAGUCCUGCCUCCAUCAGUUCACCUCCAUCGAGCUGCUGAUGGGAAACAACAAGCUGCUGUGUGAGAACUGCACUGAGAAACGCCACAGACAGCACAGGAGGAGUGGAGAUAAGAAAGUAGAGAAGGUGUACACGAGCGCCCGAAAGCAGAUGCUAAUCUCACAGCUGCCACCAGUUGUCACACUGCACCUUAAACGUUUUCAUCAGGCCGGGAUGAACUUGCGGAAGGUGAAUCGGCAUGUUGAUUUUCCACUCGUUCUGGAUUUAGCUCCGUUCUGCUCUGCCUCCUGCAAGAACCAGGGUUCUGGAGAGCGGGUUCUCUACAGUCUGUAUGGUAUUGUGGAACACAGCGGCUCGAUGCGAGGAGGCCAUUACACAGCGUAUGUCAAAGUCCGAACACCACAACGCAAGUGUGAACAACUCAGGAGUCAAUCUGGAUGUAGAGAAGCCGGGGCGCCCCCUCCAGGUCAGUGGGUGUACGUGAGUGACACCAGUGUUCAGACGGUUCCUGAAUCUCGAGUACUGAACUCUCAGGCGUACUUGCUGUUCUAUGAGGAGCUCCUCUAGGGGUGCCAUUACUUAUGGAACUCUUCUGUUCUGGCAUCACUGAUGUUCCUUUGUGGAUGCAGCAUACAAUCAGCUAUAGGACACAUCAACACACAAAAUCUGUGGUUUAAAAAGCCAUGUGUGAAUGAGACUUAUGUUAAUAUAUGAUUUAUUAUGAAAAUGAAGAUGAUGAUGAUGAUGAUGAUGAUGAUGAUGAGGAAUUUGCCUGCAAGCUGAUCGCAGGUCGUUUCUGAGACACUGUAAUGAGUAGAAAAUGUUCUGAACUGUAGAAGUAUUUAUAUUUUUGGGUCUCUGUGUCUCGCUGUUUGUCUCUCAUCACAUUUCACCUGUUAAAGAAAUGUUUCUUAUCUCAAGCAACAAAAACCAAAGAGCUUAGAACACAUCAGAGCGUGGAGCUGGGGUUCUCCUCCACACCCUGCUGGUGCAGAGAACCUCAGGAAGAACAUCAGUGAGACCAUUCAUCACCAUCAAUAUACUACAGCUCAAUCCUGAAGGCAAUCUGAUCAACCUACACACACACACACACACACACACACAUACACCGGAGGAAAUAAAAUCUCAUGCUGUGUGAUUCA